AUGGCGAACAUUCUUCACCUUCAGCCUACCGAUAACAGGGUACAAGGUCGCUUGGCCUUGGUGACAGGAGCAAGUGGUGGUAUCGGGUCGUCCUGCGCCCGAGCAUUGGCAGCCGAAGGAUGUGAUAUUGCUUUGCACUACUCUUCCAGUAAAGACAAGGCAGAUGCGCUAGCCAAAGAACUCGGAGACAAUUAUCCUUCACAGCUAUUCGUUGCAGUUCCCGCGGACCUCAAGUCCCGGGAAUCGACACACAAUUUAGUUCCUUCAGUUCUGACUCACGAGCAAAUCGCUUCUCGGCACAGUGCUAUUUCUAUACUUGUAGCUAAUGCUGGCCUUGGCCGACGGAUUCGUGAUGUGGCAGACAUUGGUGAGGAUGACUGGGACGAAAUGAUGGAGGUCAAUAUUCGCAGCCAGUUCGUCGUCACCAAGGCGGCCGUUGCCACUAUGAGGGCACAGUCGUGGGGUCGUAUUAUCCUGAUCGGAAGUAUAGCCAGCCGCGGUAGUGGGCUCAAUGGCUGCCAUUAUGCCGCAUCCAAAGGUGCUCUCAGCUCAAUGGGUUUGAAUCUGGCCACAUUGCUGGCUGCGGAAGGUAUCACAGUCAAUAUAGUCUCACCGGCUAUGAUUGGACAAACGGGCAUGAUACCCGAACCUAAAUCUACAACGUGGGAGAAGGGGACAGAUAUAGAUGCGCUAAAGGCUCAAGAUCCCGGCCUAGGCAUCGCCGCAAGCGUUCCCGUCCAUCGACUGGGAACACCAGGAGAAGUAUCUGGAAUGGUAGUAAUCGACUCCAACGGUGUCCAAGGGCAGCCUCCCUGCCGGCGAUGCAUCGAACUUGGUCAGGAGUGUGUCCUUGGGGGUUCGCGCCGCGGCGGACGACGCGUCAAGGGCAUGCGGUCCUCUAGAGCUGCAGUUCCCAGCGGGCAUUCUGCGGUGACUCAAUCUGUAGCUCGCCAGAAUGAAGGCAUCGAUGCAGAGAAUAGGGAUAGUAGCCGAGGUCAGGGUGAUGCCGAGAGGUCACAGUCUGAUGAUGAUAUGCUCAAUUCAGACGACCGUGAUGAUCAAACCACAGCGCGAGCAUCGCCUGAAAGGAAUUGGCGAGAGCCAGCCCCUGAUCAGCAAUGGACACAAAUUGAGGAUGAUAGACAAGGAUUGGAAGGCCACAUCGCGAACUCAGAUCUCUUGAAUCCUGCCGAUGCCCUACACUUACUCGCCCAAGUGGCGGAUCUAGAAUCGGACGAGCAGUCUGGCUCUCCAGGACCAUCUACUAUAGCCACAAACAUGUCAGCGCCGGGCCGUGGUAAUGUACCACCAGGAACCUACUAUUACCCACCGAUUUCAGAUGGUCAUCUGACAGUGUCUGAUGCUGCAUUUUUAAUACAACAUUACCACGACAAAUUCCACCCCUUUUUCCCAGUUGCUCACCGAGACAUUUUCUUUGAUAAGAACGUCAUGAAAUGGACCAGGGAGGAGCAGCACCUUUUGACUGCCAUCCUAGCAGUCGCUACCAAAGACGAACCCAACUGGUCACGAGCACAUGAUGCAUGCUCUCAACACAUGGAAAGCUUGGUAACCAAGCUGAUUUAUACCGGCUCAACUACUGUAGGUGCUGUUGAGGCAUUAUUAAUUCUGGCCGAAUGGGCACCACAGUCUCCUCAAGAAAAUGCGGCUAUUGGCUGUGGAAAGGAAGACCCUGGUUCAUGGAUGCUUGUUGGCCUAGCUAUUCGCCUCGGCUAUCUGCAGAAACUUGAGCAAACUGGUCUCAUACAGGGACAAGAUUCGGAGUCUGAGCACACUAGUCGACAAAAGAUUGCAUGGGCAGCUUGCUACAUGAGUGACCGCGCUGUUUCAAUCCGCCUCGGGAAGGGGUUUUGGUCUCGCGGACCAGGACCAUCGACGCACCUCCGUGCUGCUGAUUUCCCAUCAUUGCAAGUGCAGACACUUGGCGCAGACAAUCUUGCACUGCUAUUUCAGGCUCAUUUGGAGUUAACACAACUUUUCGGGAACGCACAUGACAUCCUCUAUUCCUCUACUCGGCACAGAGAACAGCUUUACAUGGGGGGCGAAUAUGUGCGGUAUAUUGACGACUUUACAUCCGUCUUACGUAGAUGGAAGAUCGCUUGGGGAGGUCUGAGCUUAACGCCACACGUUAAAUCAUCAUUAAUGCUCUCAUACGACUUUCUUCGCCUAUACAUCAACGCAUUCGCAUUCCAGGCGAAUUUGAACCGUGCCAUUCACCAGGCACAAUCUAAGGCACGGAACAAGGUGCCUGUAGGAAGGCUUUGGUCCUCUGACGUUGCGGGAACCCCUGAUGCAAGGUUCAUUUACGAAUCUAUCGAUGCGGCUAAUUCACUUUUAAGCACUCUUAACGGCUUCAUUGACCCUGAGACUGGGCUCAAAUACAUGCCAUUACGGUUUUAUCUUUACAUUAUUUAUGCAGCCGUCUUCCUUUAUAAGGCAACCUUGGCAGGACCGAUCAGUGGCGCAGAUGCAGCUAGUGUCCGACGCGCAGUCCGAGAAACCAUCCAGAGGCUCCAGAAAACGUCAUCUAAUCGACACAGUCUGGGUAACCGCUACGCACGCUCACUUCAGCUUCUAUGGCGGCGGCCAUCAAGCAAAGCUAAGCCGGGACCUGGUUCUGACAUGACAAGCCAUCGCACCUCAGUCACAAUCGCUCAGAACCCGAGCCCUGGAUUAUUCAGGCCUGCAGGUAAUUCCAAUCAGGUCGAUUUGGAUCAGUUGAACGGGUUUUCGUGGUGGGACCUCGAUUCUCUUGGCCAGUUUAUUGCCAAUGACCAAACAGCGAAUUUCACCGACGGUGUCAUGUCCACGCCGGAUAUGGAGUCCGAGAAUAGUGUUUCCGGAAUCGAAAGUUCAACCGCGGGGUUGUGGUACAGCAAUUUGUGGGAUGGUAGUGAUGUUAUAUUUUGA